UUCCGUUUUUAGCAGUGUAUUUUGGGUAAGAAGAAGUGUCAGAGGAAAACUUCAGGUUGGUGAAUGUCAAGUGAAGAGUGUGCAGAAGAUUUAUUUUUGUUGGUGAUUUUCGGUGUGAAAAAGUGCAUUUGGGCUUGUGUGUGCCUCCUUUGGGUCUUCCUGAACACCAUUCCCAGCAGACAGUGGCAGUGGAUGCUCGGGAAAUCCCGACAAAACGCCUGAGAUUUGCUCCGGACUGAGAAAAAUGUCAGCCGAUUCCGAUGAAAAUGAAAUGGAUUCGUAUUCCGACAAUGAGGACGAUGAUUACUACAACACAGGCCUCGAGGAUGGCGAUGUUGAGCCAUUCGAUCCGCAUAAAUACGAUCCCGAAUACUUUGACUACGAAUGCUACACGGUGGAUGAGGUGAAGAAGCUCCUCAAUGAUGCUGUGGAGAAAGUCAGUGAUCUGCUGCAGCUGUCCCCGUCCCUGGCUAAGAUCCUCCUGCACGAGAAUGAGUGGUGUGUCGAUAGCAUCGUCAAUAAGUAUCGUGAUAAUGCAGUUAACCUUCUGUCCCAGGUGGGCACCCGGAUGAGGCCAGUGAAUGCCAAUCUGGGCCCCUACAGAACCUCCCGAACGUGCCCAGUUUGUGUCAUCUACCAGAACGUCGAGAGGUUCUAUAGCCUCUCCUGUGGUGACUCCUUCUGCCGCGACUGCUGGGCCAUGCACUUCGAGACCCAGAUCAGUCUGGGCAUUUCCACGGGAAUCGGCUGCAUGGCACCAAAGUGCGAUGUUCGUGUGCCCGAAGAUUUGGUUCUCAAGCUCCUCAGGGGACCCCAUCUGAGGGAAAAGUAUCUCCAGUUUGCUUUUCAGGACUACGUCAAGUCACAUCCGGAACUGAGAUUCUGCCCAGGGCCCAACUGUCAGAUAAUAAUCCGUAGUCAGGACUUGAGUCCGAAGAAGGCGUACUGUCGCAUGUGCGAGUCGUCAUUCUGUUUCAAGUGCGGCAUGGAGUACCAUGCGCCCACGGAUUGUCAGGUGAUAAAGAAGUGGCUGACAAAGUGUGCAGACGACAGCGAGACUGCCAACUAUAUCAGUGCCCACACGAAAGACUGCCCCAAAUGCCAUAUUUGCAUUGAGAAGAAUGGCGGUUGCAAUCACAUGCAGUGCUUCCACUGCAAGCACGAUUUCUGUUGGAUGUGUUUGGGGGAUUGGAAGUCACAUGGGUCUGAGUACUAUGAGUGCUCGAGGUACAAGGAGAACCCCAAUAUUGCGCACGAAUCGGUGCACGCGCAGGCCAGGGAGGCACUCAAGAAGUACCUGCACUACUAUGAGCGCUGGGAGAAUCACUCCAAGUCGCUGCAGCUGGAACAACAGACACUGGAUAGGCUGAGGGAUAGGAUCAAUGAGAAGGUGAUGAAAGGGCUGGGCACAUGGAUUGACUGGCAAUAUUUGUUCAAUGCUGCCGCCUUACUAGCUAAAUGUCGAUACACCCUUCAGUACACCUAUCCCUACGCCUACUACAUGGAGCCCGGCUCCAGGAAGGAUCUCUUUGAAUAUCAACAGGCGAAUCUGGAGGCUGAGAUUGAGAAUUUGUCAUGGAAGGUGGAGCGGGCAGAGACAACAGAUCGGGGUGAUUUGGAGAAUCAGAUGGAUAUUGCGGAGAAGAGACGCACCAUACUCCUCAAAGACUUUUUCCCAACAGAUGUAUAACAUUACUCAACUCCUCAACAUUCAGUCGUGUUAAUAAUUCAACAUAGUUACAAAGAUGCUAAAUUAUCGUAUCUCGUAAGGAAGACUCUUUUUUAGUCGGUAAGUCCAAAAACAUUAAAAAAAUAAAAUAAAUAAAUAAAUAAAAAGGAAAAA